GGUUUGUGAAGCGCUUUGGGGCCCUGAGCAGAUGAAAGGUGCUAUUUAAAUGUGCCCUCUCUGCAUCUACUCCACCAACAGGCCAGCCGCUAUGGAGGGCCACCUCAAGACGCACUACAAGAUGGAGUACCGCUGCCGUAUCUGCCAAGCUGUGUGGGCGAAUCAGGCAGAGCUGGAAAGGCACACGCGCGGCCAUCGCCUGGGCAACCACUACAAGUGUGAGCAGUGUGGCUACCUCUCCAAAACCGCCAACAAGCUCAUUGAGCACGUGCGCGUGCACACCGGCGAGCGGCCUUUCCACUGCGACCGCUGCAGCUACAGCUGCAAACGCAAGGACAAUCUCAACCUCCACAAGCGGCUCAAACAUGCACCGAGACAGACUUUCGGUUGCACCCAGUGUCCUUUCACGACCACCCACCCGUUUGUCUACAGCCGCCAUGUGAAAAAGCACCAAGGUGGGGAGGGGAUUACCGAGGAUGGUGAGGCUCAGCCGGGUACUCCAUGCCCAGGCCUUUUGGAGAGUGGUGAGGGCAGCAGUGGGAGUGGGGACAGCGGCAGCACCAGUCCACUGAUGAGCCUGUCUGCCUCUCAAGCCUUGCAGUCUGUCGCCCUCUCCAUCACCAGCAAGCAGCGAGAUGGCACCCCAAGGCCACGCUACCUCUCAGCCAACGGCACGUUCUCCACACUUUCGGCUCACUACUUGGAACCUUACAGAAACUGUGACCUGGCUCACCUCCUCCCCCUCACCACGCUCUUUACCACUCGACGCUUCACAUUCCACAGCCCCUCUCCCUCAAACUCCUCUACUCCAUUCUCCAGAGCCUGGUCCGACUCGCCCUCACAGUCCCCACCCUCUCCUACAUCACUCAAACACUCCUUCCUCACGUACCUGGGACUGACAGAGAGAGCGAAGACCAUUUGACCAGUCUCUUUCAAAGGAUAGGUUACCCAAAAUGUUUUAUUCUAUUAUCAUGUACUCACCCUCUUACUGUUCCAAACUAGUAUGAUUUUCUUUCUUUUGUGGAACACAAAAAGAAACGUUUGGUUGAAUGCUAGCCUCAUUCAUUUUCAUUGCAUAUUUUCACAGGAGAAAGUCAUUUGAAGUUGAAACAAUAUGAGAGUAAGUGAAUGAUGAAAGAAUUUUCAUUUUCGGGUGAACUAUUUCUUUAAUAACUGAUCCAUAGGCAGUCUGGAAUGCUAACCUAAAAAGUAGAAAUAUAGUAAAAGAUCAAUUUAUCAGGGGAAUAAGUUUGUUGUCUGUUCUAUCAAUCCAAUUAUUGCUCUUUUUUGAGAGGUCUUGUAACAUUUAUUUGUUUUCCUCUGCAAAUGGUGAAUGACCCGGAAACUGAUAAUAGUGCUUUAUCUAUAUGGGUUUUGUAUUCGUUUUAAUGGGAGAAAGGAAACAAAGAACAUAUGAGCUUGCAACCUCCAAGCUUCUUUUUUUUGUGUGUGCAUUUUGUCUUUUGCCAGGAAUCCAACAGCAUGUUCACUAUGUGUUACAAUGGUUUUUGAAGUCAUUUAGGGGAUCAGUAUGAAAUAUAUUUGGGGUAUAUAAAGUACGACAUGACAAAAACCAAUGAAAUAGAUUGCUAUCUCUCAAGUGUUGUUUCCAAAGCAAAGCCUCAGACCACACACUUGUUAAUUUAUCAAAAUGUACACAGUUUUGUAAGCUUUUUUUUUCUUUCCUUCACCACUCAUGUUGGCACUUACUGGUUUUGUUGAAUGGUGAAACCAUUGGCAGAACUCAAAUUUUGCCUCAGCAACAAGAAUAAGGCUCUUUACGAGCUCUAUGAGGCAUGGCUUAUGGUAUUUCUUAAUACAAGCAAUUUGGGGCAUGCUAAUGGAAAAAGCAAUCAUUACCACAAGAUCAGUGGUCGUCAGCCCAUGAUGCUGCCUCAAUACUUCACUAUCCUCACCCGACUAUUGGUCAGUACAGAUUGUGCCAUAGCUGACCGAGGUGGGCUGGCCAUAGGCAUGAGGAAAGAUGAGUGACCAGUCAAGCGCCCUGUGCAUAGCUAUUGUAUGUAUUGCGCAUCUGUACGUUUAACAAGAUGUGAGGUGAUAGUUUUUUUUGGGGAAAACCCAUUUUAUUCUGUCACAAAGGCCGAAUCAAUGGUGCUUUUUGGAGCUUUUUUGUAAUUUUGUGUUUAAAAGAAACUGUUCCAAAAUGACUUGAAUGAAUGUACUUUUUGUUGGUUAAUGUUCAAGUGAUGCAAAGGUAGCUGGACUGUGGUAAGUGAGAACUUGGAAAAAUAAUGGUAUCCCGGUGGCCUUCUGUGUCUUAAUAUUUUUGUUCUAUUUAAAAAAAUUUUAAAGAGCCUUUGAAAUGUAAAAUACAAAUAUAUGUGUAUAUAUAUAUAUA